AGUACUAAAAAAAGUACUUUAUAACAAAAAACUUAAAAAAAAUUAUAGAUUUGGGAAAAAAUUAUUAAAAAACGAUUGCUAUAAAAGAAUAUUUAACAAAACAUUCCAUUACAAAUAAAACCACAACUUUCAAAGUUAAAGAGCAGCUUUAACUAAAACUAAACAAACUUCCAGUUUCAAAGGAACAUAACCAGAAAACUAGCUAAGGAAAUAAAUAUUUCAAGCAACGAAAAAAAGGAAAUUCAAACUUUCCAAACUCCAGCAAAACAACAGGAGUUUAAAAACAACUAGUAAAAAAAAAUCCAAAAAAAAACAACGUUCAGCCAACAAACAACGAAAGCACACUUGCAAAUUCCUGGGUUAAAGCAAAAACAACAUUGAUUAUUGAUUUUGAAACAAUAGAAUAGACAGCUAAAUAAAGCAGUCAGCCAUACCGGCAGACAGACAAACAGACAAUUGUAAAAGAAAGAUAGACAUUUGCUUAAAUAGUUAAAGAUAGAGACACAACAAACUCGCAUAAGCACAAUAUAUAUAUAUAAACAUAUAAAGCUUGCAACAGUACAGCAACAACAACAACAAGUUGAAAGCAUUAUUUAUAUAUAAAUAAUAUAACAAAAAAAACAACAAGAAUAAAAGACUGCUCAACAUAAAGUUAAAAUACAAUAGAGUUUUAACAAAUAGACAAACCAUUGUACAGCUAAAUGUUAAACCCCUACAGCUUAACAUAAAACAACACACACACACACUCAACAGCAAAAGAAAAUCUUGCUUAAAAAGGCAAGACAUACAGAGGGAGAGCUAGAGAGAGGCAGAGAGAGUAGGAACUAAAAAGUAAUAGAAUAAAAGAAACAGCUAAACGGAAGCAACAAGCCAACAACCAACACCCUAACUUCUAGUUGCUUUAACUUACCCUGUUGUUUUGGCUACUAGAGCAAAAAAAAACCAAAAACUUGCCUUUGGCAAAAUAUCAAAUUAUCCUGGUGAAACCUACAACACAACACCUAAGCAGCAGCCACAAAUAAUAAUUUUUGAAAAUUUCUAACCUAAACAUAUAAUGAAGCAACGGCUGCUUAAAAUUAUUAACUAAAUUUAGCAGCCUUUAACUAAAAACAAACUCCCCUCGACAAAAAAAAAGCUGUUUCAACACCUCAACAUUCCCUGGCAAAAUCCACAAAAAUUUCAAAAAUACCAGUCUUUAAUAAAUACCUGCAAAAACUCAAUAAAAAGAAAAUGUUCUUCUCCCUGCUACAGACCCUAGUCUGUGUGCUGCUGGUGAACAGCGGCCUAUAUGCUUUGCAUUUAACCAGCUCCAAUACGGCCGGGUCUAAUAACCCUUCGAGCAAUAAUGGCGCUACACACAAUGCAGCUCAAUUAAAUAAACCUUCCAACUCGAAUCCCUUUCAAACCACCAGCAAUCGUUUAAAUGAGGAACUGGCCGAUUUGGCCCAAUUGGAAAGGGAGCGUUUAAUGGUCAUGGGUUUGGUUAAGCAAACAGCCGAGGAAUCGGGCUAUCAUGGCCGGCCCAUUAUAACGGGACGCAUUAAAAUGCAUCCAGCCGAGGAUAUGGACUCGGAAUAUUCGGCCUGGCUGCAGCAGCAGGCACGUAAUGUUAUGUUUGGCAAUGUGGUCAAACAACCGCUCAAUGAUGAGGAAGAUUAUGAUUCCGGCGGUGGUGGUUUUGAACCUUUAAGAACUUCCAACGGUAAAUAUGAUUAUGGUCGCAUUGUACAGCCGGUGGAAAGGGAAUUUGAAAAUCCUCAUAAUUUAGAUUUGGAUGAUUUUAUGGAAUUGGAGCCAGUGCAGGAAGAAGAGGAUAUGUUUCCCGAUAUGGAUGGCUAUGCCUAUAUAGAGGAGUUAAUGGCUGAGGAAAAUAAAGAAAGACUGCAACAUCAUUAUCAGCCUCAGCCGCAACAUCAGCAAAUGCCACAAUUUCCGGGCUUUAGGCAACAGCAGCAGCAAACACAUCAUAUGCCUUUAACUCACAACUAUCAAAAUCAUGAGGCUGCUAUGGAUAAAAAUCAACAAGUUCUACAGGAUUUCUUUGAAAAAGAACAAAAACUACAAAAUCUCAAUCAUCAACAGCAGCAGCAACAACAAUUUAACAACAAAUACCGCAAUAACAUACGCAUGCAGCAGAAAUGGUUGCGUAAACGUAAUCAAUUGCAGCAGCAGCAACAGCAGCAGCAAUUACCGCGCAAUAUAUUUGGACAAAAGAAUAACAACAAACAGCAACAACCACCUUUACAUCAUUUCAAAACUUUAAGCAGUAAUAAACUAUCACUGGCCAAUUCUGAAGCCACCGCUACCACUAGAAUCAAUAGCCACAACAACAAACCAAACGAUGCAGCACAAUUAUUGAAAAACCCCGAACAAAAGCAAAACACACAUGAUAACACACAACUCAAUAAAGAAGAUAAAACAAAAAUCUUAUCCUCCUCCUCCUCCAUUUCCUCUUCGACGGCUAGCAAAUCGGAAAAAUCACUUAAUGCAGCUAAUAUAGAACAAACUCCGGAACUGUUACAGCAUCCCAAUCAUAAAAGAUCGGGUUUAAAUCCGGCCAGUUUGGCCUCAUCGGCGGGUGUAUCCUCGCCUCAUAGUUUAGCCUCGCAGCUAAUGUUGCGCACAGCGCGUGGACAAAGGCAAUAUGAUGUGCCACAAAUUGGUAAGUGCUGUUAUGAUCUUAUGUUAUUUUGCACUAAAAAUAAAAUACUUUUUGAAAAAUAUGUAAGUUUUUGUAUUAAAAUAUCAUUCAAUUAUCAUUAAAUUUUUAAUGAAUAUAAUUGUAAGUUACAUAACUUUUGCAUAAUUAAAAUGUAGCAAAAACCCUGAGUACAAUAUUACCUGAAAGAAAUACAAACAUGUGUGUAUGUAUGUUGAUACAGAUACAAAAUUUACACAAACAUUACAUGCAUACACUAA